AUGCGUUACGAGCUGAGGGGCAGGAUGGCGAUGACACUGACCAACACAUGUCAUCUCCUCACAGGACUAGUUAUUGUUUUCCAGUUACAAAUAAGCUUCAUGAAGCUGAAAUCCGUGUAUGGAGUGUACGGCGCUGACCCCCCGGGACUGUCCUCUCCAGAGGGAGCGUGGUAUGUGGUCACGGAGAACAACAGGCCCACCGAGAGGAGUCCCCGGGCCCCUGGCUGGGCUGCAGACAAGAGGGGCCACUACAGAGACAAGCACCAACCAGAGGAACCAGACCCAGAGCUGCUGAUGGAGGAGGGACACGACAACUCCACUCAGAUUGUGGAUAUUGAUCACGCCUACUACACAUCCAAAGUGUACGGCUCUGGAGACGGCAGAGAUCUGUGGGUGAAGGUGGAGGAGGAGGACGAGGUGAAGCUGUGCGGCCUCCUGUCCAGCACCCACAGGCAGGCAGAGAGAGUGAAUCUCUCCUUCGACUUCCCUUUCUACGGACAUAUACUAAAGGAAAUCACGGUGGCAACUGGAGGAUUCAUUUACACCGGAGAUAUAAUCCACCGGAUGCUCACAGCCACUCAGUACAUCGCCCCUCUGAUGGCUAACUUCGACCCGAGUCUGUCCCAAAACUCUACUGUGGUUUACUUUGAUAACGGCACUGCCCUGGUGGUUCAGUGGAACCGGAUCCACCUCCAGGACGACAUCAGUCUGGGACCGUUCACCUUCCAGGCCGCUCUGCACAGCGACGGACGCAUCGUGUUCGCAUACAAAGAGAUUCCUUUAGACAUCAGCGACAUCAGCUCUGAGAAUCAUCCUGUGAAGGUGGGCCUGUCGGACGCUUUUGUGGUGCUUCAUAAGAUCGAGCAGAUCCCAAAUGUUCGUCGGAGAACCAUUUAUGAGUAUCACAAGGUCGACAUCCUCAAGUCCAAAAUAUCCAAUUCUACAGCGGUGGAGAUGCUCCCUCUCCCUACGUGUCUCCAGUUCUCCAGCUGUGGUCCAUGUGUCUCUUCUCAGAUCGGCUUUAACUGCAGCUGGUGCAGUCGGCUACAAAGAUGCUCCAGCGGCUUUGAUCGUAACCGGCAGAACUGGGUCGACCUCGGCUGCCCGGAAGAGAGGAGAGAUCCCCCCUGCCUCCGGCUCACAGACGUCAGCAACACCUCGUCUCGCCAACUCCCACAUACGACCGCUGCUGUCAUGACGACCGCGAUGCAUCAGAGGACCUCCAGCACGCCCCCCGCCCCCCCCCGCAGGACGUCCCCCACCACCCGCCCACCAACACGCAGCAGCAAGAGCAGAGAAAUAAUAUCCAGUGAGCAGCCUCCAACCAGCAGAGCUGCAGAAGAUGACACAAAGAUCUCUCUGCACAUCAAUGAAGCAGCCCGACACCAGGACCCCCCCGCAGAGAGCGACGAGCAGCUGCAGACUGGGCUGCUGGCGGGUAUCGUCAUGGUGAUAGUUAUUAUGGGAGCUGCUGUCUUCAUGUCCGUCUACAUGUACACCCACCCCACCUGCAGGGCCAGCCUCUUCUUCAUGGAGCGGCGGCCCACCCGCUGGCCCAUCAUGAAGUUCAGACGGGGGUCCGGCCACCCCUCCUACGCUGAGGUCGAGGCUCCGGACAAAGACAGCGCGGCCGUCAUCGACCACAAACAGUCGUUCGUGAUGUCGGACCGAAGAGAGAGCGAGCAGAAAGAAGGAUUCAUAGUUCCCGACCAGAGGGAGCGCUUCUUAGUGUCAGAGAGCUCCUGA